AUGCCUGGACCGAUAGACCCAGAGUCUAUAUACACCAAGCAAUCAUGUAUUGGCGGUGGAAGUUUUGGCAGGGUGUACAAAGGGGUUGAUAGACGUACCGGGGAAUCCGUUGCGAUUAAAAUUAUCGAUGUCGAAAACGCCGAGGAUGAGGUAGAUGAUAUCAUCCAGGAGAUCGCGAUCUUGUCUGAACUUAAGUCUCCAUAUGUGACGAAGUAUCAUGGCUCAUAUUUGAAGGGAUCCAAUCUGUGGAUUAUAAUGGAGUUUUGUUCGGGUGGGAGUUGCCAUGGACUCCUUCGUCCUGGCGUGAUCCAUGAAGAGUACAUUGCGAUUAUUUUGCGAGAACUUCUGCAUGGUUUGGAUUAUCUGCAUAGUGACCAUAAACUGCACCGGGAUAUCAAAGCUGCGAACAUUCUGUUGAGUGCCAGUGGCCAGGUCAAAUUGGCUGAUUUUGGCGUUUCGGGUCAGUUGUCGGCAACAAUGACGAAGAAGAAUACUUUUGUUGGAACGCCUUUUUGGAUGGCCCCAGAAGUCAUCAAACAAUCGGGAUAUGACUAUAAAGCAGACAUUUGGUCUCUGGGCAUCACGGCUAUUGAGUUGGCAUGUGGAGAUCCGCCCUACGCAGAUAUUCAUCCUAUGAAAGUUCUGUUUCUGAUUCCCAAGAAUCCACCCCCAGGCCUGAAUGGCAACUUUAGCAAGCCAUUCAAACAAUUCGUCGAAAUGUGUCUGAAGCGGGAUCCCAGGGAGCGGCCGUCUGCGAAAGAAAUGCUUGAACAUCCAUUCAUUAAGAAGGCUAAGCGAACGACAUACUUGACUGAGUUGAUCGAGCGCGCUGAGCGUUGGCAGGCCACGCACCGGGGAGAUGGCGAUGAUGAUGAUGAAUAUGACGAGAUCGAGGAGUCCGUGGAGGAUCCUCCUGAAAACCAUGAGGAUCUUUGGGACUUUGGAACCGUUAGACCCGCUGGUCGAGCUAACGGACCUGCACUGCAGCCGAUGAAGGACUCUGAUACAAACUCACGCAGUCAAGAAACGGAAGAAUGGGAUUUGCAAGACGAUAUAAAACAACCUGUGGCACCACCUAUGUCGAGGUCACAACAGUCACAGCCGCAGUCAAACGGCACACCCUCUGCUUCCAGUCGGGCAAUCCCUCCUCCUGCUGAUCCCUUUUCACGCUCUUCUACGACCACUCUACCGCCUCUCCCCCUAUCGCCAUCAAAGCCAGCUGCUCAACCAAUUCCCUCGGCCGCUCACCACGCCCGCCAGAUUUUAACACCCAAUACACCACAAAAGAAGUCACCUACGAUUCCCAAUGACCGCUACGCAAAGGCAGCCGUAGACUUCGCUAGUAAUGGUGCCGGAUCAUCACCGAAGCCGGCCCCUACCGAGCUCCCCGUCGUCAACACGGCUCAACCCACCAACAACUUACCCAGCGAGCAGCCGCGUACUCCUGGACAUAUCUCUCGCAAAGUGCCCCCAUCCCAACGCCCUCUCCCAGACCUCAAUGUGAACGUGAACCCUACACCCCCUCGUCCAACCCAGCACUCUGCCCUCCAACACCAACCCGCCGCAUCCCCAACAACAAGCGCAGCCCCAAGCCCAGGCCUAAAAUCCAAACUCGCAGCAGGCCGUCAAGACCCCCGACUACGAAACGGCAGCCGCCCCCCAAACUCCAACCCGAGCUUCAGCUUCCAAUUCCCAACCAACCCCCACCGACCCCAACGUGCCACAGCCUACGGCUCAGUCCUCCUCCCAGCUCUGCGCACAGCAAUGAAUCGGCGAGGCCGACAUCUCGCCCGGCACGACCCGGCGCGGAAUUACGGGCAGGGCCAGCGAGACCCGAGCCGGGAAGAAAAUCAGGAUUGGGAACGGAGGGUCCAGGUCCAUACUGAGAUGGAGGGGCUCACGAAUGAAAUUUCUGGCCUUUUGACUAGACUUCAUCAGUUGGAUAUGACUGAUCCUGUUCCUAUGGGUGGAGGGGUUGAUGCUGUCUUGGACGUUUUUCUGGAGGAGAUUCUUGUUAGGGUGCAGCCUGGUCGUCGUUGA